CUCUGUUCGCGCCGCCGGGCUUCCCCAGCAGCCCGUCCCGGCCGCUGCACGGUACCUCAGCCCCAGUGAGCCGCCCGGUAUCCCUCCGCCGUUACCGGGGAGACAGCCCCGGCUUCUGCUCUCAGCACCAGCGCUCAGGCGGCGGCCAUGUCGGAUUCCGGGCACAGCCAGCCCGGCCUGUACGGCCCCGACCGCCGGCGCCGCUGGAACCGCGACAAGGAGCUGGGCCCCCCGGGCGGCCCCCAGAGCCUGUCGGGGCCGGGCCGGGAGCGUGACUACGGCCCCUGGGACCGCGAGCGCCGGGAGCCUGCGGAGGAGCCGGUCGGGUCCGUGAUGCAGAAGACGCCCAUCAUCCUGGCCAAGCCGCCCGCUGAGAGGUCCAAGCUGGCCCCUGCCCCAGCUCCAGCCCCACCCGCCACUGCCCCGCCCCCCAUGGAGAAGCCCAUCGUGCUGAUGAAGUCGCGGGAGGAAGGCAAAGGCCCAGCGGGGGCGUCGGAGGGGGCUGCCCAGCUCCCCACAGCUGCUGCCAAGGGGGAGAAGGAGGGACAGCGCCCCACGCAACCCGUCUACCAGAUCCAGAACCGGGGCAUGGGAUCCGCGGCGUCCAGCAGCACCAUGGACCCCGUGGUGGGCCAGGCAAAGCUGCUGGCCCCGGAGAAGAUGAAGCACAGCAUCAAGCUGGUGGACGAUCAGAUGAACUGGUGUGACAGCGCCAUCGAGUACCUGCUGGACCAGACCGACGUGCUGGUGGUCGGGGUGCUGGGAUUACAGGGCACCGGCAAAUCCAUGCUGAUGUCUCUGCUGUCGGCUAACCAGCCGGAAGAAGAUCAAAGGGCCUACGUGUUCCGCACCCAGAGCCAGGAGAUCAAGGAGCGUGGGGGGAACCAGACCAGCGGCAUCGACUUCUUCAUCACCCAGGAGCGCAUCAUCUUCCUCGACACCCAGCCGAUUCUCAGCCCUUCCAUCCUGGACCAUCUCAUCAACAACGACCGCAAGCUGCCCCCCGAGUACAACCUGCCCCACACCUACGUGGAGAUGCAGUCCCUGCAGAUCGCGGCCUUUCUCUUCACCGUCUGCCACGUGGUCAUCGUGGUGCAGGACUGGUUCACCGACCUCAGUCUGUACAGGUUCCUGCAGACGGCCGAGAUGGUGAAACCCUCCACGCCCUCCCCCAGCCACGAGUCCACUGGCUCCUCGGGCGCCGACGAGGGCACGGAGUAUUAUCCCCACGUCGUUUUCCUGCAGAACAAGGCCAAGCGGGAGAAUUUCUGUCCCCGGAACCUGAAGCAGAUGCACGUGGUUAUCGAUAAAAUCAUGAUGCACUCGCACCUGAAAUACAAGGGCACUCUCUCCAUGCUGGAGUGUAACAUCUUCCCUGGCCUCCCCUACGACUACCUGGACACGGAGGUGAAUCUCUUCCUGCUGCCGUUCGCGGACAGUGACGCCGACGACACGUUCCCCAGAGCAGCUCCUGGGGGCGGCCCCCUCUUCUCCCUGCUGCCCGGGUACAAGGGGCACCCCAGCUUCCAGUCGCUCAUGGCCAAGCUGCGCAGCCAGAUCAUGUCUAUGGCGCGGCCCCAGCUCUCCCACACCAUCCUGACGGAGAAGAACUGGUUCCACUACGCGGCCCGGAUCUGGGACGGGGUGAAGAAAUCCUCGGCGCUCUCGGAGUACAGCCGCCUGCUGGCCUGAGCGACUGCCGCCCAAGGAGCCGCCGCGCUGGGGGGCCGCACCGGGGCCCCCUCCCUCUGCCUCCCGGGGCAGGAGGGGCCUGCUGGGCAGCCUGGAGGUGCUGUUUGGUCGCUGGCUCCAGGCGCGGUGCGGGAGAGUCCGGGCGGGACGCCCCUGCUGGGCCCCCAUCCCCCUCCCAGAGGGCAGAGCCGUCCUGACCCCCCCAAGUCACCAGAGCUCCCCCAGCCAGACAGGGGUACUAGAGAGGGGGGAGUCCUUGACUCUCCCAGCCUGCCCGGGGCUGAGAAUGCACCCCCACGAUGCCAUGGGGCAAGAUCGGGGCGGGGCUGAACCAUAGGGCAGGGCCAUAGUCCUGAACCAGUGCCCCAUGGAGCGGAGCCCUUCAUCUCCUCCUCCCCUGCUUCCUCCCCCCUUCAUCUCUCCUCCUUGCCCCCUUCCUUCCCUCCUUCCUUCCCCCCACUCCUCCUUCCUUCUCUCUGUACCCCCCUCCAUCCUUCCCCCCACCUUCAUCUCUCCCCCUCCUUCUGUCCUUGCCCCCUUCAUCUCCUUCCCUCCCCAAAGUCUCAUCCACCCCAGCCUUAGAGAAGAAUCUCUCCUCUCCCCCAUUCACGCCCCCUUUGCCUUUCCCACUGACCCUGCCGCAUGUGAUGCUCUGACCCCAUAUUGGGGUCCCCCACAAUGGCCAUAGGGUCUCCCCUCUGUCUGGGAGGACCCUCCAUGCUGUGCCCUCCCCCCACCACCCCCGCUAAUAAAGAGGGCUUCAAGCUGGGCACUGACUUUGUGG